AUGACCGACGAAGAAGAAACGGAGGAGAUUAGCAAGGAGAUCGAAGCUACGGGCACGGAAGAGGGAUUCGGAAACGGACCUUUAAAGGACCCCGGAUUCGGAAAUGAGCCUUUUAAAGACCUUAGAAGAAGACGGACCACCGGCAACUAUAUCGGUAACCUUUUACCGAUCAGACUAUUAGCUAAGCAAAGCACGCUUGCGUACGGCAUUCCAAGCGCUCUUAACGAUGAUAGAGACGAUUUCCUUGAGUUAAGAGCAGCAGACCUUUAUUUAAAAGCGAAGGAAUUGGCUUUGUUCGCGCGAAGCUUUCCUAAGGAGCUAAAUCGAUACGAUUUAACUUUCGAGGAUUACUUAACGGCGUUUUCGAUUAUGCUUAUAAGGGAGGCUAUAACCUUUUAUUAUAAUCACGUUAUUAAAGCUAGACUUCCGACUUUCAAGGCAAACGCUAUUGCAGAAAUUUCGCUAGAUUUGAUUAAGAAAGAGAAUCCAAAGACCUCGCUUAGCGAGUGCUUUAAGAAGCUCGCUAAAGAGCUUAAAAGGAUUCAAGGCUUUUUACGACUAAGUUUAAGAGAUGAUCGAAGUCUUGCUAACAAGUUGUAUUUAACUUAUAAAAACGUGCUAAAGACUACGAUUGCACGAAUGAACUUUGCCUUUACCUUUACCGCCGCAGUUGCCGACAUUCGCAAGGCUAUUGCGUUUGCAACUGAGACCUCUCGACCUCUUGCCAAGGCGAGUAAAGCUUACGCGAGCUUUAACGAGCCACACGAUCACACUUGCUCUUAG